UUUUUUUUUUUUUUGCUUUACUUUUGAUUCUUCCUGACCUUUAUACUCAGUGGAAAGUCGUACUCGCGCACGAAACCAAACCAACCAUUCUUUCUCUCUCUACAGAGAAAGAAAAAAGAGAGGGAAGCUUUCUUGGCCUUCUCUGCUUUCCUGCCAUAGUCUGAAGGGGAAGAAGAGGGCUUUGAAAAGGAGUACACAUCCUGUGUCUCCCUUUUGUUCCAUUUGAAUUGAAUUCUCAAUCGCUUUUUUCGAUUCUUACCAAUCGAUCGAGUUCUCGGCGUGAAACGGGUUAACAUUCUCCAAAAUUUUGAGGGCAUAUUGCAACUAGUUCCGAUGGAUUUUUGGCGAGUUGUGUAGAAAAGAAAACUGAAAUGGGAGGUUGCUGCUGUUGUUCCUCAAGAGGAACAGAAUCAAAUAUUACACCAGGCUACUAUUAUUACCCAAGAGCAUCGGAGGAGCAUGUUCCCUUGUCAUCUCCACUUAGUGCUACCCCAGCAUUUCCAACGGGGAUUUUGGUUGAUACAAAUCUGGACACAUCAAUUCCGGACACUUAUAGAUCACCCCCUUUGCCUAUCCCAUAUGAUGUUGUUUUAACACACCCACAUACUCCUCCUGCGGCUCAAGAAAUUGUCAGCAAUAAGAAUGAAGCUACCGCUCAGACUCCAAAUACUGAUGUAAUUCAAGAAACAGCAUGCAUAAACACACGGGAAACUUCAGCCAAAUGUGAUGCCAUCGAUGAAUCAGACUGCAAGAAACACACGUUAAAGGAAUCUGAAAUUGGACUCUCAAAGGGUGUAGAAUCUGUGGUCAUACCUGUGGAAGAGGAGGAUGUUUGUCCCAUCUGUUUGGAAGAAUAUGAUGGGGAGAAUCCAAAACUCACGACAAAAUGCGAGCAUCAUUUUCAUCUUGCAUGCAUUCUGGAAUGGAUGGAAAGAAGUGAUAUCUGCCCUGUGUGUGAUCAGGAAAUGGUUUUUAGCCCUCCAAUUGAUUAGUAACAACAAGAAAAUCAGCCAAGUGUUUUCUCAGAUUGAAGUAAAGUUGAAAGUAUAGAUUAUGAAGUUCUUGUGAUUUUGCUUCAGCUGGCAGCUUCAGGUUUCUUUUAGUUGCUUUCCCUUUUCUUUUUACUUAAUGAAUUGCUCAUUCCCGUUGCAUUUUCUCUGUGAAUUUGUUCUCUGAACAUAGAAUGUGGGGAAAAUUGGGAGAAUGAUUCUUCUUUCUUUUGUUUCUUUUUUAUUUUGGGUGGGAGUAGUGGGAGAAUGUAAAUACAGUGUGUGCAAUAUAGUAUAUCUGAGCUUGGUUUUUUUUUCAUUUUACUUCCAUUUAUUAGAGGUUAUGAUUGUCAUAAAUGGAAUUAAAAUGAAGAAAAAAGAAGAGUACUUCAUCAUUUUCUCGUAAACGAA